UCGGACAUCAAUACACAUUCUUCCUAAUGAUUGAAAAAGUUUAGUUUAGUUUCUGACGACAUGAAGAAAAAAUGUGAGCACAAACAAACAGGCAGAUAAAUUUAAAAAUAGAAAAAAACAAAACGUGCAGCUCUCAGAGCGAAGUCAAGUGCCCGCUCAUUGACUUCACGGGUGUUUCAGCGGUGUGGAUUGUGAUUGGUCACUUCAUCAACUGUAUGGAUCGUGAUUGGUCACUUUUCUUAGCGGUGUCGAUUGUGAUUGGACAAGCCAGUUUGCUCUGCGCCCUCUUCCCAAUGCACACCAACCACAAGUAGGUAGGUGAAAUAACAACAACUCCCCGUGGUUCGCCACAUAGCUAUUUAACUAGCUUAGGGCUGUUUUUAAUUAAAGCAUUUACUAACGGGGUUUAGCGACAGCAUAAGGGACGUUUUGUAUUUUCAACCGGCAACGAAAAAAGUGACCUCUACCGAAGCUAAAAACAGUUAGCAGAUAAAGUCCAUUAUCCUAAAGACAGCAUGUAAAGAGGCAUAACAAAAUAUUAACAGUGUUCAGCUUUAACAGGAGAAGUUUUGGUUCUUUUGUAGCCGUUAAUAGCGACCUUAGCCCCACUUGACCUUAGCCCCACUUGACACAGUCGCGGACGGUCACCGGUAACGUUAUGUUUCCUUUAGACUCCCCGUGGAACAUCUCCUUUGCAGGUUGUGGCUUCCUCGGUAUCUACCACGUCGGUGUUGCCAGCUGUCUGGUGGAAAAUGCUCCUUUUCUGGUGCUAAACGCCAAGCACAUAUAUGGGGCAUCAGCUGGAGCUCUCACUGCCACUGCACUGGUCACUGGAGUAUGUCUUGGAGAGGCCGGUGCAAGUAUCAUCGAUGUGGCCAAAGAAGCGAGGAAGCGGUUCCUUGGACCCAUGCAUCCUUCCUUUAACCUGGUGAAGAUCGUGCGUCACAUGCUGCGGCGCACUCUGCCAGCUGAUUGCCACCAUCAGGCCAACGGGCGGUUAGGAAUCUCUCUCACCCGAGUGACAGAUGGAGAAAAUGUCCUGGUGUCACACUUCAACAACAAGGAGGAGCUGGUGCAGGCAUGUGUCUGCAGUGCCUACAUCCCAGUGUAUUGUGGCCUCAUUCCUCCUACACUCCAAGGAGUGCGAUAUGUGGAUGGAGGAAUCUCAGACAACCUGCCUCAGUAUGAGCUGAAAAAUACCAUCACCGUGUCCCCGUUCUCUGGAGAGAGCGACAUCUGCCCCCGAGACACCUCGACCAACAUACACGAGCUGCGAUUCACCAACACAAGCAUCCAGUUCACUCUCACCAACCUCUACCGAGUCUCCAGGGCACUUUUCCCCCCAGACCCAAUGGUUAUGAAGGCCAUGUGUAAGCAGGGAUAUCAAGAUGCUCUGCAUUUUUUGAAGAAGAAUGGAUUGCUUAAUUACAACGGACCUCACACAGACAGACCCCUGCUAGCUAAUGGCGAAGAAAGUGAGGAUUAUAAUGAUGAUGAGGAGGACAAUACAAGUGAUGAAGAGGAGGAAAAGCCACGUGUGGAAGAGGGAGCAGUGAUGCUUAAUUGCAGUUCGUCAAUAGAGGAGAAUAUCUUAGAACACCUUCCACCCAACCUGCACAAAGCUCUAGUUGAGGCCUGCAUGGAGAGGAGGAGCCUGGUGCAGUCGCUAAGCAACACGCUUCCUGUGAGGAUGGCCUCAGCCAUGAUGCUCCCCUACACUCUCCCGCUGGAGUCUGUGAUGUCCUUGACUCUCAGACUUCUGGAGUGGCUGCCAGAUGUGCAAGAAGAUGUCGGGUGGAUUCGAGAGCAAAUAUUAAAAGUCCUACAGCAUGUUCUUCGACAGGCCUCCAAAAGCAUUUCUCAGCAUGUAUCUGCCAGGUUUUCCUGUCAGCUGGAGCUGCAACACUACGAGUCCCUCCAAUCCCAGAUCAGCUCCACCAUCCUGAUUCCCACCUGGGUGAAUGGGAGCAGUUCAUCAGUCCUGGAUGUGUUCAUGCGUCUCGAUCAGUACAAGAGGCAGCUGUUGUCUGGGGUGCUGUGUAUCAACAUGGACCUGCAGGGCUCCUUCAAAGCUGAACCGAUGUCACCAGAUAAGAGCCCUCCAUCCAUCUCCCCAGAAGGCCUCACAAUGCACAGAGGUUGUCUUAAUAUUGCACCUGCUGUCGACUCUGGAGAAGACAUCAGCAGCUCCUAAGAGCUUCUGACAGGUUUCUGCUGCAGCACUGAGGUUCAGGCGUACUUAUUCUAGAUCCAGAAACAUUUUAAAAGAAUUUAAAUCAGAUUUUAAUAUCUGUUUACACCCUGACAUUUUGAUAUUUCUAAGCUGCCAGGAAGACAUUUGUAAUCUAAUCAGCCCCUUUGUAUAGUGGUUGGAAAAAGUAAUCAUUUACCAUUUGUACACUUACUGUGUAUUAAAUAUUUGACUAAUGCAUGACACUGAAAUAAGUUUUACAGUGUAAUCAGGCAAGCCCAUAGACACAGUAUGUCUGCAGGUGUACAGAAGUGCAUUUAAACUUCAAACGGUCAUGUACAAACUUGAAUUACAGGACAUUUUAAACAAAAAUGCGCACAUGAAGUAGCAUAAGCGGUUAAAAUAGGCGAGUGUUCAUGUUUUUAGUGGAAUGUAGUCAGACCAGUAGUUAAGCACAGUGUUCCUGCUGCAUCCGGUUAUGGGCUCUUAGUCACUUCUGCCACACAGGCAGUGAAGGACUGGAGGAGGGAAAACAGUGGACACACGCACCAGUCUGUUUGUUAUAGGUUGUUACUCCAUUCAUUUGAUGCAAGUGUCAAUGCAGUAUUGUUAAAAAAAAUAUAUGGUCUUAAUGUUUCUAGGUUUGUAAGAAUGUCUUAUGUAUUUACAAUUAUUUAUAUGUAAAAUACAAAACUACCUUGCUCUGUUGUCCCAAUCAUAGAAACUAGUUUCUGUCAUCUUGAUUUACUUUCAUGUAAGUUACAACUCUUUUAGAUUUCAUUUUAAAUCCCCAUUGUAUUGAAUUUCAGCUUAAAAAUCUUUGAAUGAAUCAAUGAUUUUGAUGUUUUAAUAUAAAUGUUACAUUUUAAUGCAUAAAUCAAAAAUGUGAUUUUUUUUAUUAAUCAAAGAAUCAGUUUAAUCUGAAUUGCACUUUGUCAUUUGAUGUGACUAUAUGACAUCAGAUGAGGUUCGUAGGUAAUAACCUACGUGUUUAAAUACUUCUCUUGUACUGUGUACUACAAGAAAUUCUAACUGCGAUCGAGCCCCAAGUGCCUUAAACUUCGAUGAAAUAAUUGGCAAGUAAAUUUAACAUACUGUCAAAAUGUUGCAGGGAAUAAUAUGUAUGUGAUCAUUAAAUAAACUGGUAUUGUUUUACGUUAA